UGGCUAGCCCCCUCCCCUGCUCCUUCCCCCUCCUUUCCCCCUCUGCUUUUUUUCUGUGCCAUGUUUCUUUCGUCCGUUGUCCGGUCAGCUCCGGGCUCGGUUCGCGCGGUGGUCCGGUCUGGUGCCCGCACCCUCACCCCCCGGAAGGCGGUGCUUACUCUGACUCCGAACGCCGUGGCCCGUCUGCGCGAACUCGGCGAGGCGCGCCCCGACGCCCUGUCCCUGCGCCUCGGUGUCAAGACGCGCGGUUGUUCCGGUCUUUCUUUUACCCUGGACUACGUCAAUGAGAAGGAGCCCCUGGAUACGCCAGUCGAGCAGGACGGUGUCUCUUUCCUCGUGUCCAACAAGGCCCUGAUGAGCGUCAUCGGCAGCGAGGUGGACUUUGUGGACGACCGCCUUCGGUCGGAGUUCGUCUUCACCAACCCCAACGCCCGUGCCAUCUGUGGCUGUGGCGAGAGCUUUGCCACUUAGGGGCCCGGCCAGGACCGAUUGGCCCCUGACUGCCUUCUCUCCUCUCCCUCCUGCUGCCUGCCUCUGUCACUGCCGUCCCUUCCCCCCCCUCCUGAGUCCGUGCACCCUGUCCUUGUCCCCGAGAGCGGUUUCCUUCCCGCCUCAUGUGAGCUAUCUUCCCCUUUUCCUUCCUCCUCCUCCUCCCCCCCUCCAGCACCCAUCUUUGUUUGUCUCUCUCCCUCUCUCCCUUGGACACUCGUGCGAGGGUGCCCCAUUCCUCCCUCCCCCGCCGUGUGGAUCCCCCUCUUCCGCCCCCCCCCUUCUUCCAGCAGACGGAUGACUCCUUCAGCGCCAUCCCCAAGAGAGGCUGCGGCAUCCGUGUGCCCCCCAAGUGAGGCGGCAAAAGCAAGCUGGCCAGGAGAAAGAGGGAGGCAUCUCCCAAUACACACACACACACACACACACA